AUGAAGACAAAGAUUCUUCUUCUCCUUGGGUUACUGUAUGUUGCACGUUCUUGUGCUUUCCCAGUGGUUCCAGAAAAGGAAAAAGAAGAUGUGCAAUUUGCUAAGAAAUACCUGGAAAAUUUUUAUGAUUUUAAAGAAGAGAAAAAUUCUCUCUUUAAAUCAAAGAACCUCAAUCUCAUGGCUGACAAAAUCCGAGAAAUGCAGUCAUUCUUUGGGCUAGAGGUGACUGGGGAGCUGAAUCGUAAGACGCUGAACAUGAUGAAGCAGCCCAGAUGUGGAAUACCAGACAUCCAUUCAUACAGCACCUUCCCGCAGAGUCCUAGAUGGAAAAAAGAAGAUGUGACAUAUCGGAUUUUGAACUACACUCCAGAUAUGCUACAAGCUGAUGUAGAGGAAGCAAUUGCAAAAGCCUUUCAGCUCUGGAGCAGUGUCACCCCUUUGAGAUUCACCAGACUCUACAGUGGUCAAGCAGAUAUAAUGAUCUCCUUUGCAUCUGGAUUUCAUGGUGACUUCUAUUCCUUUGAUGGUCCAGGAGGAACUCUGGCUCAUGCCUACCCCCCCAGCAGUGGGAUAGGAGGAGAUGCUCACUUUGACGAAGAUGAAAACUGGACCAAAUUUACUACCUACAAUGGAUACAACUUAUUUCUUGUUGCUGCUCAUGAGUUGGGCCACUCACUAGGUCUUGGUCAUUCCAAUGUCUUCGGUGCUUUGAUGUAUCCUAUAUAUACGGCCAGGGAUACAAGGGACUACAGCCUUCCUCGGGAUGAUAUUGAUGGCAUUCAGGCCCUCUAUGGACCCCCCAGGGAAUCUCCUGCACUUCCAACAGAAGCUAUUCCCCCACAAGAACCAACUGAAAUGACACCUGCAGAAGCACCAACUGAAAUGUCACCCCGGGAAGAACCAACAGAAACAACACCCUCCAAAACACCCACAAGACCAGAUGACUGUGACCCCGAUUUGACUUUUGAUGCUAUCACCACUCUCCGUGGGGAAAUACUGUUCUUCAAAGGCAGCUAUGUCUGGCGCAAAAGUCCAUAUUUCUCAGGCAUUGAGCAUGACACCAUCUCCUCGUUCUGGCCGUCACUGGCAGCUGGUUUUGAUGCUGCUUAUGAGAUUGACAAGAAGGAUCAAGUAAUAUUUUUUAAAGACAACCAGUACUGGGCUGUGAGUGGCUACAGUAUAGAGCCAGGCUUCCCCCAGCCUAUUCAGAACCUGGGCUUCCCCACAAGUGUUGAGAAAAUCGAUGCAGCUGUUCAUGAUCAAAAUACCAAGAAAACCUAUUUCUUUGUAGGCAACAAGUACUGGAGUUUCAAUGAAAAUACCCAAUCAAUGGAAAGGGGAUAUCCAAGAAAAAUAGCAGCUGACUUCCAAGGAAUUGGCCACACAGUUGAUGCUGCCCUUCAGAAAAAUGGACAUUUCUACUUUUUCCAUGAAUCAAACCAAUAUGAGGUUGACAUCAAGAACAAGAAACUCAUCCGUACAAUGAAGAGCAACAGCUGGUUUAAUUGCUAA